AUGAGGACGCUCAGUUGGAACUGUAGAGGGAUUGGAAACGACCUCACAGUUCGACGCCUUACGGAGAUGUGUCAGAAGCAUCGCCCAGGACUUGUGUUUCUUUCUGAGACGAAGAACAGAAGGCUGCUGUUGCAAAACAUGCAGACCGACUUAAGAUUUGAUCAUUUGUUUACUGUUGAGUCACUUGGACUCAGCGGAGGUUUAGCUUUGUUUUUUAUGGAUGAGUUUCAAGUUAAUGUUUUGUUUUCGAAUAAUUGUAUGAUUGACAUUGAGGCAAUCAUUAAUGGAAUAAAAGUCUAUAUGACGUUUGUUUAUGGUGACCCUGUACUAGAAAGACGGGAUCAAGUUUGGGAACGUCUUACGCGUUUCUCAACAACAAGAAAUGGACCUUGGUUUAUGAUAGGAGACUUUAAUGAAAUAACAUGUCAUAACGAAAAGACAGGAGGAAGACAACGCCCUGAUAGCUCUUUUCUUCCUUUUAAGCAGAUGCUUAAUGAUUGUGGCAUGUUAGAAUUUCCCUUCACGGGAGAUAUGCUUUCUUGGGUGGGGAAGAGAGCUGGAGGAUCAACAGUUCGAUGUCGUUUAGACAGAGCAGUAGGAAAUGCGGACUGGCAUGAGAAGUUUCCACACUCGAAUGUUAAGUACCUGAGGCUAUGGGGAUCGGACCAUCGUCCGAUUCUUGCAGACAUACUCAUAAAGCCAACGAGAAGAUCCAAAAAGUUUAAAUUUGAUAAAAGAUGGUUGGAUAAUGAGGAGUUACGGCAGGUUAUCCUUGAGGGAUGGAAAUCACCUGAUCUUCCUCCAGACGCAAGUAUUAUGGAACAUAUUUCCAGCUGCAGGAGAGCCUUGAGUGAAUGGCGGAAGCUAAAUAAUGUCAAUUCGGCAAAAUUAGUGGAAGAGCUUAAAGAAAAGGUGGAAGGCUUAUAUGCAGAUGAUAUUGCCACGACUGAGGAAAUUGCAGCAGCUCUGAAGGAACUCUCACAUGCUCUUAAAGAGGAAGAGAUGUUCUGGAAGCAAAAGAGUCGGGUGCUUUGGCUGAGAGAGGGAGAUAGAAACACAAAAUUCUUUCAUGCAUUGACGAAGCAAAGAAGAGCAAGGAACAAGAUUACACAGCUCCUAGAUGAGAAUGAGAGCAUAAUCGAGGAUGAAGAAGGACUUGUAGUCGUUGCUACUAGUUACUUCAGGCAGAUUUUUGAAUCAUCGAACCCGGAGGAAAUCGAGGAGGCGCUAGCUCAGGUGCCAACAACAAUAACUGGUGCUAUGAAUGACGACCUCACAGCUCCGGUCUCUGAAUGGGAGGUCAAAUUAGCGCUUUUUGCCAUGCACCCAGAGAAAGCUCAAGGACCCGAUGGGAUGACUGCACUUUCUACCAGAAAUUUUGGGAUAUAG